AUGGAACAACAUCUUGCUGGAAUUAAGGGACAAAUCGCGUCAUGUAAAGAUGUCCCGACAGAUAUUAGGACUAAAAUGAAACUUGCUUUUGAAGGGUCACAAAAACCAAAAGAGAAUCGUGGCGAUGGAACAAGUAGAAUUCAAGAAGAGCAGACUGCUAGCACACAAAGAAGUGUUGGUACUAAAAGGAAAGCAUCUUCUACAUCUGACAACGCACAAUCAUAUUUUUCAAGGGGUGUGAAUGAUACUGCCGAGCCUUCACUUAAAUCGGUUUGGCAAAGUAAAGAAAGGGUACAUGAUACUGAUUUAGUUGUUGCUAUUUGGAUGUAUGAUUCUUGUAUACCGAUGAACGCUGAUAAUUCCCCUCUAUUUCCAAUUGCAAUGAGCAAAGUAGCUUAUAUGGUACAUGGAUGUACUGGACCUACCUAUCAUGCCGUUCGUGUGAGUUUGUUAAAAGAUGUCAAACAAUCUGUGAAACUCAUAGUUGAUUCUUAUAGAGAAUAUUGGUCAGAAUCAGGUUGCACCAUAAUGAGUGAUGGAUGGAGGGAUGCUAGACAAAGACCUCUAAUUAAUUUCUUGGUUUAUUGUCCAAAGGGGGUUUCAUUCCUUAAAUCUGUUGAUGCGUCGGAUAUUGAGAGUAAUGCAAAAAGCUUGUGCAAUUUAUUUAGUGAUAUAGUCGAGAAUGUUGAUUCUAAGAACGUUGUUCACUUGGUCACUGAUAAUGCUGCAAAUUGCAAGGCGGCGGGAAGAUUAUUAAGUGAAAAAUAUCCAUUGAUUUCUUGGUCUCCAUGUGCAGCUCACUGUAUAAAUUUGAUCAUGAAGGAUGUUUCAGAGAUACCUGAUGUUGCUAAUUUGAUUCAACUUGCAUCACGGAUUACCGUUUUCAUGUAUAACCAUAAAUGGCCCUUAAAUUGGUUGAGAAAAAAACCUGGUUGGAUAGAAAUCAUUCGCCCAGGAGCCACCAGGUUUGGUACCUCAUUCAUUGCCUUGAAGAGUUUAUAUGAUCACAAAUCUGAUUUGCAAGCUUUAGUGACCUCCAAUGAUUUCAAGAAAAUGUUAAAAAUGCCAAAAGCUAGAGAUGUGAGACAAACUAUCUUAAAGGACAAGUUUUGGCAAAAUUGUUUGAUACAGGUUAAGGUGAUGAGUCCACUUCUAAGACUUUUGCGUGUGUGCGACUCUGAUUAA